AAUGAUUCUAUUUCAUGUAUUGGCUCUCAUGUCCUUUGUUAGGAUAGUUUGCACAGGAGGAUCUCACUCACUGUGGUUCUUUAUCACAAUAACAUCAGGACCAUCACCAUUUCCAGAGUUGGUCAUCGUAGAGAUGGUGGAUGAUUUUCCAGUGGGUUACUAUGACAAUUCAGCAAAAAGGAUGAUUGCAUGGAAAAACUGGCAGAAAGAGGAGACCGAUGUGCAAUAUGCAGAGAUUAGGCAAAAGGCAAUCAUUCUUGUCACUAACAGAAUGAAAAAAAGACUUGAACUGAUGAGAGAGCACUAUAAUCACAGUGAUGGUCUCUUUACAUAUCAGAGAAUAGUCGGAUGUGAGCUGGAUGCAGAUGACACAGAAAGGUUUAAAAGGAUAGACGCUUACAAUGGAAACGACAUAUUUGAAUUUAACAGUGAUACCAGGGACUGGCACACUUUCAAUCCAGACAUAGAGGAAAAAUUCAGCGUCUUGGAAUCACAGAUUGAUCUUUUGUCCCAAGCUUUUUACCAACCUUGGUGCAUAUCGACGCUGAAAAGCCAUCUGCACCAGCUGAAUAGUUUACUGAACCGAAAGGUGCAUCCUAGAGUCAGAGUGAUCCAUAAAGAGGACAGAGACUCUGGGGGGAUGGAGGUGAUCUGCCUGGCGACCGGCUUCUACCCUCGACACAUCAGCCUAACCCUGCAGAGGAACAGCCAGCCUGUCCCAGACCAGGAGCUGACCAGGGGGGAACCCCUGCCCAACGGAGACGGGACGUACCAGCUGAGGAGAAGCCUGAGUGUCAGUGCUGAGGAGCUGAGAGAGAGACACCUCUACACCUGUACUGUCACACACAGCAGUGUGCACAACAAACUGGAUGUGAGCGGGGAGUUCCAGUCGAGUCGGAACAAGCUGGUCCAGUAUGGAGUAUCAUUUGGGCUUCUGACUGCGCUUGUACUCACCAUAUUUGGCCUCUGCAUCCGGAACAAAAGACAUUCUGGUCUGUCUCAGAUGUGCAGCACACAGCAGUAGGAGAGUGGAAUGAUGAGCCUUCAGGUGAUUCAGGGCCACUUGUUACAGAGCCAGAGGUAUUUGAAGCCAUGGAGUGUCUCUAAACAUCAUUAAACUUUUGCGCAUAUGCUAAAACCGGUGUGAUGAG